UCUGUUUACCUCGGAGAGCAAACUGAAAUGUUGGUGCUCGUGUGUUAAUACGUGAAGUCUGCUAACUGUUUAAUAUAUUUGAAUUAGGAGAGCAUUAACUACAUUUAAGCAUGAACUCCAUCCUCACCCUGUUACAAAUUGCUGUUGCAAUUGUGUCAAGUGUUGUAGUUUGAAUGAUUGAUUCAGUCUCACGAACUAGGUCUGAAAACACCUCACAUCGCUGGGCUGUGAUUACUGAGUUGGCAAUUGUUUUUACGGCUACGCUCAAUCUAGCAGAGACAUGAGUGAUGAUUCCGAAAGUUUCGAGACCCGGUCCAGCGGUGAUUUGUGGUCAGAGAUCUGCUCGGAUCUGCCGGAGCCACUGGACCACGGAGCCGCUGAUGAACUCUUCACAGAUUCAUUCCAGCCUCAAGGUCCUUUGAGCAACCAGUGCAACUUUACCUCUCCUAGUAACCUUACUUCUUCCAGUCAGUGGGAACCGAUGGCAGACUCUGCAGUCUACAUCGCCAGCUUAGAGAACCGAUUGAAGAGGAUUAAAGGUCAGUCAAAUGAGGUGACAUCAAGGGAAAUGCUGCGCUCCUUGUCCCAAGCCAAAAAGGAGUGCUGGGACAGGUUCCUCCAUGAUGCCCAGACUUCAGAGUUAUUCCAAGAAGGAGAUCUGGAUCAGAGUGCUUUGGAGCAUCUGAAGCGUUGGUUGUCUCCAGAGCGUGUAGCAAUCAGUGCAGAAGAGCUGGAGUACCUCCUCUUGCCAUCUAAGAGCAGAGAAAGAGCCUCACACCACCCAUCCAACACAGGUUAUUCAGAAGAGCUGGACGAGGAAGAAUGUUCAAGUCCCGAGAAAUAAGUCACAUCAUUCCCCAAAAGACUGUAGUCACAUGACCAGCAGAUGGUGUGUAGAUUCAGUGUGUAGUAUAUGAUGGUGAAAUCUUCAGAGGAAGACUUUGUGGGGCUUUUCAAAGCAUAUUCUGUAUUUUAAAGUCAAAAGGGAUUAUCUUAAGUACUCUGUAAUCUUCCACCAUACUUUUUCUCCUCUCUCUCUCUCUCUCUCUCUCUCUCUCUCUCUUUCUCUCUCUGCUCUGCAACACAAAUUAGUGUUUAAGAUAUUGAACAGUAUUAUGAUAUUUGUGUGUUUAGCUGCAUAAAUUAAAACCUUUAAAAGGUCUAACAUUCUGUAUAGCUCUUCCUACCGGGUUUUCAAGAAAACCAGAAAUCAAAACCGCCAUUUUUAUUUUACCUGUCCGUGUCCUUCUACGUAUCGUACAGUACACAUGAGGAUCAAUCUCUUAAUAGACAAAUUUCUUGCUUUUCUUUGAUCUUUCAUCUCCUCUAAGUUUUCUGGGCUUUUUUUAAUGAUGUCACCAUGCAUGCACAAGCUUUUAAAAACAAUAUUAAACAGUAUCAGGUUAUGUUUCACCGCUACUUCCUCUACACUAGCUACCAUCAAGCACACAAUUCCACCAGUUUAAUUUCAUUAGUUUGGCUCUUCAGUGGGCAGAUGAGUUUUAAAGGAGAUCUCCGCACUCAAACACAUUAAAUAUGUUCAUAUUGAAAUAUUUCUGAAGUGCUUUGUUAUUCUUGUGUUGAUUUCUUGGCUGCUGAAGCAUUUUCGUUAUUCCUGUGAGAAAUUAGUGGUUGUAGGCCCUGCUGACGUCACUGGGGGACAUUGCCAGCGCAGUUACGAUAGUGUUUAAUAGCAAGGGGGGAAAUAAGCUCCAAAAAACAAAAGAGCAAAGCUUCUUUUCUCACACACCAUUUUUCAGCAACUGUGCAUGUCACGUUAACGAGAUAUCCGAAGUAGAAGUAGAGGAGACAACAACCACUGGGCUCAGUUCUAUAUUGCAGUGCAGUUAUUCCUCACCGUUGCAUUGUGUUGACUCAUGGCGGAGAUUCGGCUAAGCUAGUUAGCCAUCAAGGUGAUCACAAGUACGAUGACAAUGGUAUUAGUGUGAACGUUGAAGCUUUGGAAGCUUAUCUGUUUGAGCAGGAAGUUCAACAGCAUUGUGAGUAAUGUAGGAAAAUGUUAACCAAAGUGGAAAUGGAUCAACAUGAUGGGGGAAAAAGAAAGAAG